CUGAGCUACCAGAGCCUGUGAAAGCCGGCAUAGAGCGAACGGGUAGUGUGUCAACCCGUAUUCCACUGAGGUACGCUGAUGCUUUGAGUGUGUCGUUUUUCCUCACGGCUGCUUUUUAUUCUAUUGACACUGAGGAAAAACAGAAUGCAGUCUUCUGGAUAGAACAGAUACAUCAUUUUUGAAUUGUAUUUAUUUAUAAUAUGUACGUCAUGGCGUCCCCAUGUGGCAGAUAACUAGCAACCUCCUGCCUUUUGGCCCAACAUUGCUUCAAAACACUACAUCUACCCGAGUCUGCGCAGUCCUCAGCUGACGCCGGGAAGAAUCCACAUUCACGUGGAGAAGUCUCUCCAGGGUCCAUCUUUGUGCAGGUGCAUUAGCCAACGUUGCCAGAUGGACAGCGGUUACAGUAAAGGUCGUGGGGGUCAAGAUGUGGUGGAUCUGGAGCCAGAGUUGGGAUUGGCCUCCGAGGGAAGUGAUAGCAGUCACGAACGCCCACCGUCUCCAAGCUCCUCCCUCGAUGACAGGAAGCGACCACGCCAAGCUUUGCAAGAAGAUGUAGAGAUGGGCGGUAGUGGCUCAAGUGGUAGUGGAACAGAAUCCCACAGCAACGAGUCACACGGCAACGAGUCCCACGGCCAUGAAUCCGUGGGCAGCUCCAACGGGAAUGGCAAAGAUUCUGCCAUUCUGGAGUCUUCUGGCAGCAAUAAAAGCUCAAACUCCCAUAGUCCCUCACCACCAAGCAGCUCCAAUGCCUUCAGUCUGGUGAGCUCCGAGCAGGACAACCCAUCGACCAGUGGCUGCAGCAGCGAACAGUCUGCCAAAGCAAAGAAUCAGAAGGAGCUUUUCAAGACCCUGAAGGAGCUAAAGAGGCACUUGCCAUCCGAGAAGUGGAGCAAGAGCAAGUCCAGCACCGUCAACACCCUCAAGUAUGCGCUGCGCUGUGUCAAACAGGUUAAAGCAAAUGAAGAAUAUUACCAGAUGCUGAUGAUCAAUGACAGUCAGCCUCCAGGUUUUGAAGUAUCAUCCUACACAAUCGAGGAAAUCAACCGCAUCACGUCUGAGUACACUCUCAAGAACACGGAUAUAUUUGCCGUCGCCGUCUCGCUCAUCACGGGGAAGAUCGUUUACAUCUCAGAGCAGGCGGCGUCCAUCUUGAACUGUAAGCCUGAAGUGUUCAGAAACGCAAAGUUUGUGGAGUUUCUCACUCCACAGGAUGUCAGCGUCUUCUACAGCUUCACCACACCCUACAGGCUUCCCUCCUGGAGCAUGUGCACUGGAGCAGAGUCAUCUCCCACAGAAUGCAUGCAAGAGAAGUCUUUCUUUUGUCGCAUCAGUGGUGGAAAGCAGCAUGAAGGGGAUCUGCAGUACUAUCCUUUCCGUAUGACUCCUUACCUGAUGAAGUUACAGGAUUCUGAGCUGUCAGAAGAACACAUCUGCUGCCUCCUGUUGGCUGAACGGGUGCAUUCUGGAUAUGAAGCACCUAGAAUCCCAACUGACAAACGUAUCUUUACCACCACACACACCCCCAACUGUGUGUUCCAGGAUGUGGAUGAGAGGGCUGUUCCUUUGUUAGGUUACCUCCCCCAGGAUCUGAUUGGGACGCCUGUCUUACUAAAUCUACAUCCAAGUGACCGACCAUUGAUGCUAGCUGUGCAUCGAAAAAUUUUACAGUUCGCUGGUCAGCCCUUUGACCACUCCUCAAUUCGUUUCUGUGCACGCAAUGGUGAGUACGUAACCAUCGACACCAGUUGGUCCAGCUUUGUCAACCCCUGGAGUCGCAAAGUUUCCUUCGUCAUUGGCAGGCACAAGGUCCGCAUGGGUCCUGUGAACGAAGAUGUUUUUGCAGCACCCACAUUCCAUGGAGGAAAGAUGAUGGAUUCAGACAUCCAGGAAAUAAGUGAACAGAUCCACCGGAUGCUACUCCAGCCUGUUCAUAACAUGGGCUCCAGUGGUUAUGGGAGCCAUGGGAGCAAUGGUUCCCAUGAGCAGCUGGUGAGCAUGAGUUCAUCCAGUGAGAGCAACGGCAACGUAAUGUCGGGAAUCACAGCAGAGGACAUGGGAAAGUUAAAGCUCCCGAGGACUUUUCAGGAGAUCUGUAAGGACAUCCACAUGCAGAAAAACCAGGAGUCCCAGGUUUGUCUGCAGUCGUUGUCAUCCUCGGCUCUGCCACCCAAGCCUGAGCAAAGAAAGAGCACGGACACAUCAGCCCAGAAGAGUCCAACAGCACGUUUGAAGCACUCUGCCCCGCCUCUGUUGGCCAGAGAUGGUACUGCAACUACAACAGAGGACAUCUCCUGCAAAGAUCAGAACACAUGCUCUUAUCAACAGAUUAGCUGCCUGGACAGUGUUAUCAGAUACUUGGAAAGUUGUAACAUCCCAAUCACAGUGAAAAGAAAGUACCAGUUCUCCUCCAACACCACCUCCUCCAACUCUGACGACGGCAAGAAGGGUCCAGCGGACGCAUUACAGGUGGCUCAGGACAAAAACACAGACACUCUGAUGCUAGAUGCCCAACCAGACCUGUCCAACCUGAAAGCACCCAAAAAACCUCCAUCUGGGGCAGUUGUAGGGGAGUCUCUGGCCCCCCUCAGUCUACCCAGCAAGGCUGAGAGUGUGGUGUCCAUCACCUCACAGUGCAGCUACAGCAGCACCAUUGUUCAUGUGGGAGACAAAAAACCUCAGCCAGAAUCAGAGAUAAUCGAGGAUGUUGCAGAGAGCCCGGUGCCUCCAACUCUGCCCGGCAGCAUGGUGUCUCCACCCAGUCAGGAAAAGGAGGCAUACAAGAAACUAGGACUGACUAAACAGGUGCUGGCAGCUCACACUCAGAAAGAGGAGCAGGCCUUCCUCAGCCGCUGCAGAGGACUUCGCAGCGCCAGGAGCUUACAGAAGGACUAUUUCAAAUAUCUUCACCAGGACAAGGAGUCUGCUGAAACUCCAGCUGCCCCUAAAACAGGGACCACCAGACAGGAGAACACUGCCAAGAAGAACAACCGCAGCAGGAAGUCGAAAAAGCCACGAAUGAAGCAUGGCGAUUCGUCGGACAGCACUGUGUCCAACCACAAGCUCCGCCCCCCUCUGCAGGGUCUAAACCAAACAUCAUGGUCGCCAUCUGAAGCCUCCCAGUCAGCUUUUAAUGUCCCCUACCCUACGAUGGUGCCUGCAUACCCGCUCUACCCACCAGCAGCUGCUGCCCCUGCCCAGGCUCCUCAUCUUGACCCCUCCCUUUCCACAGGCUUUGGAGACGGGCAGAGUACUCAAGCUCCACCUACACCCACGCCAUUUCCCACCCCUAUGGUAACACCCGUGGUAGCUUUGGUGCUGCCAAAUUAUAUUUUCCCCCAAAUGGGACAGCUUGGGCAUAUGGGGGCUACACCCUCUCCCCAGUUUCUUCUCGAAAACCAGACACAAUCUGCAUACGCCGCCCAACAGCCCUUCCAGCCCCCACAGCUAGCAUACACCAUGCAAACACAGCCUUCAUUCACCAACCAACACCAGUUCCCUGUGCAAACUGGAUUUACUCCCCAACAGCCAUUUCCAACCCCUCAGCCAGCCUACCCUAGCCAGCAGCCCUUCACUGUCCAGCCCUCUUUCCCAGUGCAAACCAAUUUUGCUGCCCAAACUUCAUUUCCAGUGCAACCCUUCCAUUACCUCACCAAAGAGCCCUCGAAAGCCCCUGAUAUAGAGCCCCGAGAGGGCGCAGCAUCCCGGUCCUCCACUCCAGCAUCGGGAACACGAGAGCCGACUACCUCCCCGCCACUGUUUGAGUCACGAUGCAGCUCUCCACUACAACUCAAUCUGCUGAGUAUGGAGGAUGGACAGCGGUCGGUUGAACGUCAAGACAGUAUGGCGCCCCCUGCAGGAGGCCCGGGCAGCGUCACAGCGGCAGCGUCGGAGAAGAGUGGCGGUUUUAUAAACACAGAGAACCAGCCACAAGUGGUGUCUCUAGGAGAUGGUGGACACAGUGACAGUAACUCCUCCUCCUGCGACUUGCUGGAUAUCCUUUUGCAGGAGCAGGAGGACUCGCACUCUGGCACUGGAUCAGCCACCUCAGGCUCAAUGGGUUCAGGAUCAGGUUCUGGCUGUAACCGCUGUGGGACUUCAGCUAGUGGAACCUCGGGAAGCAGAACAGGAAGCAGCAACACCAGCAAAUAUUUUGGCAGUGUGGACUCUCUAGAACACAACACUAAGGCCAAUUCUAUAUCCAAAACCAGGGCCAAAGAGGGCUCUGAAACUGGACAGUCUCAGACCAAGGCCUCCUCUCAGGGAGAAAAAGAGCAUUUCAUCAAAUGUUGCCUUCAGGAGCCACUCUGGCUGCUGAUGGCCAACACCAACGACAAAGUCAUGUUGACCUAUCAGCUACCAUCUAGGGACAUUCAAAAGGUUCUACGUGAAGACAAGGAGAGGCUAAGGCAGAUGCAGAAGAGCCAGCCUCACUUUUCCUCAGAGCAACGACGAGAGCUUUUGGAGGAACACCCAUGGAUAAGACGGGGGGGUCUACCUGCUGCGAUUAAUGUCAAGGAAUGUGUGUACUGUGAAGACCCAGCAGGCACACUUGUGGAGGAUGAUGUGCCAGACAUAGACAUGGGAGAACUGGACGAUGAGCUGAGCCACGAAGAACAAUCAGGCUCUGGCUCAUGAAGCAGAGUUAUCACAGAGACCCGUAUGAGCUCACAACACACACAGUGAAUGAAAAUGAGAAAACACAAGGCUGUUCUUCUCACACAAACGCACAGAUUGCAUUUAGUUUGAACAUAUUGCUGGUGACUUUUGUCCACCGAGAUUUUCUUUUCUUUCUUUGACUCCAAGUCCAUCCUUAUUCAGUGAGGCAGAGCUCCACAACAAUGUGAAAAGUUCUCAUUUAGAAGUUCCAAAAAAUAUAGUUGCCCAAUUUUUAAAUACAAAGAUUUACUCCAAAUAUAUAAUAUAAUAUUCACAGAUAAAAUAAUUAUACUAUUUAAAAAGUUAUUCAAAGGCAGCCAAGCAUUGCCGUUUGACAGUUCCAGUAAUUUAUGGUUUCAUUAAAGACAUAAAAAAAACACGUCGUUAAAAGGAACGCUGGUCUUAAAGCUUAACUGAUGAGUUCGCUGACCUCAAAAGGGGAAAUCUGACAUAAAUAAUUUAUUUUCUGUUAGGUUUCUGAGUGUUGCAUUCAAACUCUAAGGCAAAUUCCCUCAGUUAAAACAUUAUCUUCACGUUUACAUGUGCUUUUACUUGACAAAGCAUUAGCUGCUGCUUUAUGGCGUUUUUUUUUUUGUUUGUUUUUUUAGACAUGAAAACUACAGUAAGUUGUGGUUUGGCCAUAAAAUAGGUAACAAGGAACAAACACUGUCACAUGACGAAGACGUUGCAGAAAUGUCUUCUGUUUUAAAACUGUCCUCGUCAAAAACUGAUUUGAGGAUAGUGUUGGUAGAAACAAAAGGCAGUGACAGAUUUGUUGCUGAAAAAUGUUCAUCUAUGGUACUUCAAAAGAAGGACAAAUAAGUUCCCUGUAAGUGUCUUUGGUAUGUCGUGCUAUGACCGUAGCUUCACCUCACUGUUUAACUUGCCUACCUCAUUUCAUGUGAAACUGUGUAAAAGCUACAGCUUAGAACCUAAUUAAUUUAAUUUUAAGUGCUAAGUAUCUCAACUAUCUAAGUUACACCAAAAAUAUAAACAACUUUAAAUAAGUCAGAACCCUCAUCAUUAUGUCUGUUACUGAGACAAAAGGAAUAAUGUUACAGAAUAAAAGACAUUGAAAUAAAACAAGUAUCCAUGACAGUAAUAUCUGUCCAGUCUACAUCUACUUCUAGAUCCUUAUCAUCUAAAUCUUGGAUAAAGCUGUGGACGGAGAUUUUCCUUCAAAUGUUCUGUGACUACAUUAGAACUAGUUUAUGCUGCACCAUGGUUUGAGCCACAUGUGAUGCUCAAACAUCAAUUCAGUGUUUGCAAAACUUUUUCAGUUUAUAUUUAUAUGAUUUCUCUGCCCCCUGUCGACACAUGAAGGUGCAUUUGGGUUUAACCAUCACCACCAAGUCAGUAUUUCCUAAGUCUUCUUUUUGCUUCCUUAAAUCUUAACAUAAUUACACAAGACUUAUCCUUCAUAUCCAUCAUUUAAAUGUAAGCAGUCACCAAUCUAAGACCAACAGUCUUCAAAGUCGGCCUUUACAGGAUUCGUCUUGGAGAAGCAUUGAGUUACGUCAACACUGGCCACAGUCACUCUGUGCUUGUCUCUCGUUAACGUAGUAUUGGGGCAAAGUGUGGCAGAGCCUUUGAAUGUAACACAGAGUGGACCAAGAACAUGUUUGGGUUACUUUGUUUUAAUGAUUUUAAGUUAAAUUUGUGUUUUAUUUGUUGACCUUUUUCUUUUUCUCAUGGUUUAUUUUAUGUAAGAAAGUAGUUGUUGCUUGUUUUUGGAGAUGGAUCCUACCUCAAAUAAAUUCCACGUUAAGUUACUUUAAACAAAAACAUAAAACAGAUUAAAUGUGUGUAUAAACUCCAGAUUUUUGUAAUCUAUUUAGUGUAAAAAAAUAAAUAAAUAAAGUUAAGAGCAUCACCACAUACCUGUGUCAAAUGCAGCUGAAGAUGAUGAUGAAGAUGAACUGCUGUGUUUUCACCCUAAUGUUUUUCCAGAGGCCCCGUUCAAACAGAGGGAAAUGCUUUUAAAAUGAAAUGUCUUUUUACCACUCUGUGCUGGCACAUGUACAGUUAUGUCGGUUUGUUCCAAUGCCAAUUGUGUUUGUGUAUGUGAGAUGUUAACUUGAUACAUUGUACAUUUUUUGUAGUUCAGAUGUUAACACGUUGUAAUAAUAAAAAAAUUUAAACAAAA